CGUCAUGCAGGUCAGCGACCUACGGGAGGCGCCGGGCGGGGGGGGGUGACCUCGCUCGCCCAGCCAGGCGCCCCCCGGCCCGCGCCCGUCGCCUGUGCGAUGGGCACGCCGCCCCUCGGGCGGUAGGCCGCUCGUUGUGCCUUGGCCACGUGCGCCCCUGCUAGCUUCCUUCGUUGGGCCGCCCGCCGCCGUUUCCAUUCCGGGAGCCAAGUACCCCCGCGCGCCUUCCUGUGGACCCAUGGCGCGCAGCGCGCUGCCUGGCAGCGGGGGGUGGGCCGGGGCUCGCUUCGGAUUUCGCAGCGACCCAGCCCGGAACCUGCCGUAUUUAUGAAUAGCAGGGCGCCCCGGCGGUUUCAGUUUGGCGCGCUGGGCAGGGAGCCUUUCUGUGCCCGCAGCCUAUCAAUUUGUUGGCCCCGCACGCCGACCGCCCCCCUUCGCUCAAUCUUGUGGGCCCAUCGGGGCAUUGUUUGCCACCGGGCGGCGCCCGCGGGUUUGUGCGUGUGUUGUGGGUCCUUUAAUUGCAGCCCUAGCGGGAAUCCAGAUCUGCCCUUAGCGUUCACGAAGGCUACAAAGUGAGGAGCUACAAAGCACGCGCGUUACGUGUGCCAUGUGCGCCCGGGGUUCUAUACUCACCCAGCGUAUGGGUACCGUGUUCCCCACUCUCCCGAUCCCGCCGUCGUCCGUUAGGACUCGCAUAUAUAAAGGUGUAUGUCGAAAGCGUCCACGCGAUGAUUUGUGGUUGGAUUUCUAUAUGCCUUUGUGCUAACAGUAACGCUAAAACGCGCUGUCGG